AUGGCGCUGCUCCCUGCCCCCAGUGAAGUGACUGCCGCCAAAGUCAUACAGGCCACAGGAUAUCGACACCUCUCAGCAGAUGAACUAGUGGACCUCGCAAUUGAGAGUCAAAUUGCGCGUGGAAUCAAACGCUCUCUUGUCGGUGGUGAUGAAUCCUUCUUCAUUGCCGAUUUGGGUCAGGGACUUCGACAGCAUCGUCGUUGGACCCAGAACAUGCCCGGAAUACGACCGUUUUAUGCGGUGAAAUGCAAUUGUGACCCCAACUUCCUAAAAGUUCUUGCCGAACUGGGGACAGGAUUUGACUGCGCUUCCAUUGAAGAGAUACGCACCGUUCUCAGCCUCGGCGUGGAUCCAGCCCGGAUUGUGUUCGCCAAUCCAUGCAAAGCACCGGCCGCCGUAGCCUUUGCCAGCGAGAUUGGCGUCAUGCGAACGACAUUUGACAACAUCGACGAAUUGGAUACCAUCAAGACACACAUGCCGGACGCUCAGCUGUUCCUUCGUAUCUAUGCCAAUGACGAGAGUGCCUUUAUUUGUCUGGGUGAAAAGUUUGGCGCGCAGUUGGAUACGACCGAGAAGCUACUCUCCAGAGCUUGGGAGCUUGGACUGAAUGUGAUUGGUGUCAGCUUUCAUGUCGGGACGGGUGCUACCAACCCGGCAUCCUUUUGCAAGGCCAUCAAAGAUGCCCGUCUGGCGUUUUCACAGGCUGAAAGUCUAGGGUUCCACCCCAAAAUUCUCGACAUCGGCGGUGGCUUUCAAGACGAUAGCUUUGAGUCGAUGGCCCCCGUUAUCCGCGACGCGAUUCGGUCGGAGUUUCCGGCUGGUAUUACAACAAUCGCAGAACCGGGACGGUUUUUGGCUCGUAGUGUGUAUACGCUUGUGUGUCGGGUGAUCUCACGUCGCCGUCAGCUUGGGAGUGCUGCUCGAUCUGGUGUUCCCGACAUGCUUUAUCAAAACGAUGGCAUAUACGGAAAUUUUAUGAAUGUGAUUAUGGAGAAAGAGAUCAUGGUUCCUUCUGUGGUCAAGAGUAAGAAGGCCAGGGGUUUCUUGAAUAAACCAAAAUCAGGGGAUGCUGUGCCAGGAACAGAUCACCGAUACUCAAUCUGGGGCCCGACAUGUGAUAGCACUGAUUGUGUUGUGCGCGAGGUGACACUUGAUUCCGAAGUCAAGAUUGGCGAUUGGCUCAAAUAUAAAAAUAUGGGAGCAUACACAAGUACCACUGCCACUCAGUUCAAUGGCUUCAGCAGUACUUACGACACAUUUUACGUCAACAGUGAAACGUUGCCUGAUUAUUAG